AUGCAAAUUAAAAAAAAUGAUACAGUACUUGUUACAGGAGGUUCGAAUGGAUUAGGGCUUGAAAUCGUGAAGAGAUUAUUAUUAGAAAAUUUAAUUAUCAUCAUUGUUGAUAUAACUGCCCCUCCGCCAAACCUUUUAAAUUCAGCAGAAGAUGGAAAAUUAUACUAUUACAAAAUUGAUGUUUCUCAAGAGUCAGAAAUAAAAAAAUUGAAAAAAAUUGUUGAAACUUAUCACAAUUCAAUUAAUAUAAUAAUCAAUAAUGCAGGAAUUGUUUAUAUUGAAAGGUUAGCUAAUACACCAGAUGAACAAUUACAAAAAAUAAUUGAUAUAAAUUUAAUUGCGCCAAUAUUAUUGGUAAAAUACUUUCUGCCAGAUAUUCUAAAUCAAAGAAGAGGUUGUGUUGUUAAUAUUGCUUCAAUACUUGGGUUAAUUACACCGACAGGAGUAACUGCGUAUGGUGCUUCCAAAGGUGGACUAAUUUCUUUCCAUAAUUCCAUUGGUAAACAGAUUGAAAUGAGGAUUGGUAAAAAUUUUUUUCCAUUCCAACGAGAUAAUAAAGUGGAAACCUUAUUGGUUUUACCAGGAAAAAUUAAUACUACAAUGUUUGAAAAUGUGACAACACCUUCAAUGAUAUUUGCGCCAGAUGUAGAUCCAAGAAGAUUGGCUAAUAAAAUUGUAUCAACUAUAAUCACCAGUAACAAUUUCAAAAUAAUUAGCAUGCCAUAUUAUACAAGACUCAUACCAAUUUUUAAGAAAAAUUUAAAUUGGAGAUACAGCUGGUUAUUAAAGAAAUUAAGCAGAAUGGAUCGAGCUACAGCAGUUUAA